AUGUCAGAAUAUGGACGUAUCGUUUUGACACUAAGUAAUGUUUUAUUACCAUCAGAAAAACUUUAUCCUAAUCCAACACCAUCAACAAUUGAAGGUUUACCAUGGGAUGUUGAAUAUGAUUUAAGAUUAACCGGUUGUGAACUUAUACAAACAGCAUCAUUAUUAUUGAAAUUACCACAAACAGCAGUAGCAACUGGUCAAGUUUUAUUUCAUCGUUAUUUUUAUUCUUCAUCAUUUAUUCGUCGUCAAAUGGAAAUAGUUGCUAUGGCUUGUACAAAUCUAGCAGCUAAAAUUGAAGAAAAUGCUCGACGUAUUCGAGAUGUUAUUAAUGUAUUUCAUCAUAUAAAACAAGUUCGAUCUGGAAGUAUGAUUCAUCCAUUAUUAAUUGAUCAAGGUUAUAUUGAUAAAAAAAAUGAAGUUAUUAAAGCUGAACGACGUUUAUUAAAAGAACUUGGUUUUUGUGUUUAUGUUAAACAUCCACAUAAAAUGAUUACAAUGUAUUUGAAAGUUCUUGAAAAAGAACGUGAAAAUGAUUUGGUUCAAACAUCUUGGAAUUAUAUGAAUGAUAGUUUACGUACGGAUAUUUUUCUACGUUUUACACCUGAAACAAUUGCUUGUGCAUGUAUUGAUUUAGCAGCACGAACUCUUCAAAUUUCUUUACCAAAAAAUCCACCAUGGUAUCUUAUAUUUGGUGCACAACCAGAAGAAAUUCAUUAUAUUAUGAUUGCUAUUCUUCGUUUAUAUAAACAUCGACCAAAAUCACUUGAUGAACUCGAAAAAAUUAUUAAUUCAUUUCGUGAAAAACGAGAAGAUGAAAGAAAAAAAUUACGACCUGAAUUAGGUAGUGAUUCACCAGCUCAACAAUUAACAAUACAAAAUUCUAUACCAUCAACAGUAAUUUCUUUUUCAACACCGACUAUUAUACAACCAGAAAUACCUUCUGUAAUUACAACAACUACAGAUGAAGUAACCAAUACAAUGGUAGCUACAAAUGGAAAAAUUACUAAAAAACAUGAUCGUGAAAGUUCACGUGAAUCAUCAUUAGUAAAUAAUCAUCGACAUCAUCAUCAUCGUCAUCAUCAUCGAAAAAAACGAAGUAGCUCUCAAAGCAGAUCAUCAUCACGAUCAUUAUCUCAUUCUCCAAUUCAUCAUUCUCAAAAGAAAAAGAAAACUUCUCAUCGUAGUCGUUCACGAUCUCGAUCAUCAUCAUCACGUAAAAGACACAAACAUCAAAAAGACAAACGACAUCAUAAUAGUCAUCGAAAAAAAGAUAAAAAACGACGAUCACGUUCUUCAUCACGUGAUGAUAAUUAUUAUUCUAAUAAUAAACAUUCUUUAUUAAAUAAUGAUACAAAUAAUAAUAUUCAUCAACGUUCAUAUCAUUAUUCAUUUAAACAAACUAAUGGUGUUUCUUCAUCAUCUCAUAGAAACUUCAUUUUAAAAUAA